AUGGGUGAAAAGUCAACAAUAAUUACACCUGACGGCAUUAUAUGUACUGAUGAAUGGCAUGAUGCAUCAGCUGAAAAUCCUACUAAUACAAAUAAUCCAGUAUUGAAAGAAAAUAAUUAUGAACAAUUGUCCUCUGAAGACAUAUUAAUAGAAUCAAAAAACAAAGAUAUUAAUGAAACAAUUACUAAAAGUUCAAUGCAAUUUAGUGGAAUAACUGCUGUUAAUGUUGAUCUUAAUUUAGGUCCAGCACCUUUAUGUUAUGAAGAAAAAGCUAUAAAAGAACGUGAAAAUUGUGAUUAUUCAAUAAAAAUUACAUUAGAUAUGGCUAAAAAUGAUAAAGUACCAAGAAAAAUUCGUAUUUAUGCUGAUGGUAUUUAUGAUUUAUUUCAUGCUGGUCAUGCUCGACAAUUAAUGCAAGCAAAAAAUUUAUUUAAAAAUGCGUAUUUACUUGUUGGUGUUUGUAAUGAUCAAUUAACACAUAGUAGAAAAGGUAAAACAGUAAUGAAUGAAGCUGAACGUUAUGAAAGUGUUCGCCAUUGUCGUUAUGUUGAUGAAGUUAUAAUAGAUGCACCAUGGUCACUUAAUGAUGAAUUUUUAGCACAAAAUAAAAUUGAUUUUGUUGCACAUGAUGAAAUUCCAUACGGAGCAGAAGAUAAUGAUGAUAUUUAUCAACAUGUUAAAAUGCGUGGUAUGUUUGCUGCUACUCAACGUACUGAAGGUGUUUCAACAUCUGAUAUAAUAUGUCGUCUUGUUCGUGAUUAUGAUAUUUAUGUACGACGAAAUUUAGCUCGUGGUUAUUCAGCUCAAGAUUUAAAUGUUGGUUUUAUUAAAAAAAAUCAACUUGAAUUUCAAACACGAAUUGAUACAGUUAAAUCAAAGUUUCGUACAUAUGAAGAAGAAUCAAAAACAUUUAUGGAACGUUGGGAAGAUCGAAGUAAAGAAUAUAUACAUAAUUUUCUUAGUUUAUUUGAACGUACACGAGUUUUAAAUUUACUUAAUCGAACACGAUCAUUAGUUGUCAAUUCUAAUGUUAAUAAUAAAUUAAAUAAUACAGAAAAUUAUGAUAUAAUAACAUUAGAUGAUAAUCAUUAUAAUAAAAUGAAAUCUAAGCAACAAACAGUGAUUUCUAGUGAUAGAUAG